AUGAACGAAUUAAAGUCUCCAAAACUAUUGAAUGGUUUAGGAUAAAAGAAAUAGCAAAAUGUACAAGAUCAAAAUGACACAAGUCUACUUUUGCAAUUGUUCUAAAAGAUUCAACCAGUUGAAAUUAUUAGAAUGAAUGUAUUUAGAAUCCCUUUAUGUUAGGAUUCCAAAAAAAAGAGUUAAUCUGUUCUAUACAUCUAUGAAGAUGAAUCUGAAUCUAAAUUCUAAGAGACCAUCAAAUAUGGAGUCUUGGAAUACGAAUAACAUCAAUACCAAUAAGCUUUAUUCUAAUUUAAAUAAGCAGAAUAAAUCCUAACUGCAAUAGCAAGUCCUCCUAUUCAUUAUUAACUAAUCAAUAAAAUCAACAUCGGUACUCAUGCUUUAUAUUAAGGGUGUCUCAUUCUAUGCCAUAGGAUGGUUGGAAAAUGCCUUCACUUGUUUCGAAGAUACUAUUUUGAUAUUGAAGAAGUAUAUAAAUCAAACAACACAAGAGAGAAUCCUCUUAGAUACAAUUAGACUCUAAUGUUUUCUAUAAUGCUGCAUUAUUUUAUCUGA